AUGACUGCAUAUAAUUAUAGCAUACAGUUUGACUUUAGUCAAUGGGAUUUUCCUGCGGAGCGCAUUUGGCUGCACAAAGCGAAUGAGGAGAUUGCAUGGAAAAUCAUCUCAUUCUUGCCACUGAUUAUUUUUGGUUUAUAUGGAAACUACAUCCUUAUCUACCUGAUAGCCACGAAUCGAUCUCUGAGAUCGCCAACGAAUUUGAUAAUAGCCAAUAUGGCAAUGGCCGACUUUCUAACGCUGCUCAUUUGCCCUGCCAUGUUUCUGAUCAACGACUUCUAUCAGAACUACCAACUGGGCUGUGUGGGCUGCAAGCUGGAGGGCUUUCUAGUGGUUGUCUUUCUGAUCACAGCCGUACUGAAUCUCUCGGUGGUCAGCUAUGAUCGGCUCACAGCGAUUGUGUUGCCCCAGGAGACGCGACUAACGCUGUGCGGUGCAAGAAUUGUGAUCGCUGGCACCUGGCUGGCGGGGCUGUUGCUGGCUCUACCCUUGGCCAUUUAUCGGCAGUACAGGGUGCGUAUUUGGCGAAACUUUACGGAACGCUACUGCAAGGAGAAUAUGACUGUGCUGCCAAAGUACUGGUAUGUGCUGAUCACGGUACUGGUCUGGCUUCCACUGGGCAUUAUGCUCAUCUGCUAUACGGCCAUAUUUAUAAAGCUGGAUCGCUAUGAGAAGCGCGUCUUGAGUCGCGAAAAUCCACUCAGUGUCAACUAUAAGCGCAGCGUGGCCAAAACGCUUUUCAUUGUGGUCAUUGUUUUCGUGUUGCUGCGUUUGCCCUUCACCAUUUUCGUGGUGCUGCGCGAAAAGUAUUACAGCAGCGAGUCGAGCGUGGAUUGUGGCAUGAAGUACUUUUCAUACUUUUCGCAGUAUCUCAUAUUUGUCAAUGCCGCCGUCAAUCCCAUCAUCUAUGGCUUCAACAAUGAGAACUUCAGACGUGCCUAUGCACAAAUCGCAUGUGUGCAAAAACGCAGAGCUGCCAACGCAAAUCGAAUUCAUCAUUGUUUGUAUUGUGAUUUCAUUCAGAAUAACAAAUCUGGACAAGCAAAUGCCGAGCUGAGAUCGGACAAGGAGAUAUCACAGUCUGCGGCUAGGGAAACUAAAAAGCUGGGCGAAACAUCCAAUAUCAAUGAGACUCUCAUGCCACAGCUUAAUGGCGAGGGGUUUAUUUAAAGUCUCAAUUUGUGGUUUUUAUAUACGGUCUUCUAUUCAGGGGUAUCCCAAUAAUUAUCUUUUUU